AUGAUUGAUGUUGGUGCAAAUGGACGUGUCUCUGAUGGAGGUGUAUUUUCAAAUACUAAAUUUUAUCAAAAACUGAAAGAAAACAAAUUGAAAAUUCCAGAACCUGAUUACCUACCUAGAAGUAACAUUAAGUUACCAUUUGUUUUUGUAGCUGAUGAUGCUUUCCCUUUAUCUGAUAAUAUUAUGAAACCUUACCCUCAGAGGAACAUGACUAGGGAACAACGUAUUUUUAAUUAUCGACUGUCGAGGGCUCGUCGCAUUGUUGAAAAUGCAUUUGGAAUAUUGUCUUCCCGUUUUCGAAUUUUAUUAAAUUCAAUUAAUUUAGAACCAGACAAAACAUCGACAAUUGUAUUAGCAUGUUGUUAUUUGCAAAACUUUUUAAGACAAAAAAAUAUACAAAUAUUUUUACAAGACAGUUUUGACUUUGAAGAUGUUAGUUCUGGUCAAGUCCGUCCAGGAAGUUGGAGAAAUAACAACCAACAACUUAUUUCAUUAGAAUCUUGUCAACAAAGAAAUAGCACAACUACUAGUAAAGAUAUAAGAAACAAAUAUUGUGAAUAUUUCAACAAUAUUGGAGCAGUUCAAUGGCAAAAUAAUAUAUUUAAUGAAUAA